CAGUUUUCAGAACAUUCUGCUCAAUUGCUCGACGAAUCUAUACGUGUAGUACCAGGAACUGAUAAGAUUAGAACGCACGGUACGCACAGCAUCAGUGAUAAAAGAACGAACGAGAAGAGAAUUGAAAGAAAAGCCUGUGAGCAGUGCCGUUGGAUUCCGAACCCAUUUGCUUCCACAUUCCAGUACAAAAUGGUCUCGAAGGUGAAGAUUGGCAUCAUCGGCGGUUCCGGGCUGGACGAUAGUCAGAUAAUCGAGAAUCGCACCGAGCGCGUGGUAAACACACACUUUGGCAUUCCGUCCGAUGUGCUGAUCGAGGGAAAGAUUGCCGGCGUCGAUUGCGUGCUGCUGGCCCGCCAUGGCCGAAACCAUUCGAUAAUGCCCUCGAACGUCAACUAUCGGGCAAACAUAUGGGCGCUAAAGACGCUCGGCUGCACGCACGUCAUCGUGUCCACGGCGACCGGUUCGCUGAAGGAGGAGAUCCAUCCCGGCGAUAUCGUGAUUCCGGACAACUUUAUCGACCGCACCACGAAACGCGUGCAGACGUUCUACGACGGCAACGAGCUGCUGUCGGGCGUCUGUCACAUCCCGAUGGAGCCGGCCUUCUGCAACCGCACGCGGGAUGUGCUCAUCGAAACGGCACGUGGCAUUGGGCUGGGCGUGCACGAGAAGGGCACGGUGGUUACGAUCGAGGGGCCACGGUUUUCGAGCAAAGCGGAAAGCAACCUCUUCCGCCAGUGGGGCGCCGAUCUGGUAAACAUGACACUGGUGCCCGAGGUGGUGCUGGCGAAGGAGGCCGGUCUGUGCUACGCCGCCAUCGCCAUGGCCACCGAUUACGACUGCUGGAGAGAGGCGGGCGAGGACGUGAAUGUGGCGGACGUGCUGGCAACGUUCAAGAAGAACGUUACCAAGGUGACGGAUCUGAUCAUCAAUGCGAUUCCGAAGGUAGCCGCCCUCGACUGGUCGGACACGAUCGAAGAGCUGGGGAAAACGGUCAACACCAGCAUCAUGCUGCCUCACUCCAACUAAAUACUCGCAUUCAGUAGCGAAAACCAAAUAAGCGCACACAGACAGACGAUAGCACUAUUAUCUCGAUCUUCUCAAUUAACCACGUGCGCGUGCACGUCUACGGAGACACAACAGAAGGCCAAACGCGGGGAUACGAUCGCCUCAACAUCGGGCAAAGAUGGAUGUAAACGGGAUGAGCGAAUCAUAUGCCUAGUCAAUUGUAAUCUUUCUCUGUCAUUAAGUAAUCGAUCGACAGAGCCGCGGGUGGGCCCCCGCACUCUGAACGCUGUGUUUAUUUUCAAAAGCAAUAUAAUAUCCCUUUUAGCACAAAUCACACCAGCUGAGCAUUAUGCCGCAGACAAACAAUCGGAGGCAUUCUUAUCCACUGUGCAGAUUUCGAAUAAUAAAUGAUUUGUGAAGGCACCAUUCA